AUGCCUCGUCGGUUCAGCAACAACUCCUCCAACGACACCUCUUCCAACUCCCCCUCCUUUUCGCCUUCCUCGGGUAAGGGCGGAAUCGCCAUCAAGGCGCCCUCGGUCAAGUCUCAUCGCCUGGCCCAGCUCUUCUCGGUCUCGCCCAAGUCCAAGGCUGAGCCUCAGCCUGCACAGGCGACUCCCCCGUCGACCGGUGCAAAUCCUAAUACCUCAUCUUCUCCGCCGAUUAGCUCGGCAUCACUGUCCUUACCGACGAUCUCUUUUUCCACCGCCACGGCUGACAACCUCAACAUGGACGAAAUGCCGACCACGCUGUUCCAGCCCCCGUCCCCAGAGGAGGCUCGCCGACUGGCCAAGCAGCAUGCUCAAUUCGGUCCCAUCGGUCAUCCGAGCCAUCGGUACUCCAGUCGACACCCUGGCGGUGUCUUCCCGGAGCCGGUGAUGGACGAGCCGCCGUAUUAUUACUUGCUUACUACGUACAUCAGCUACCUAAUUCUAAUUGCUUUUGGACACGUUCGUGAUUUCUUUGGCAAGCGUUUCCGCGAAGAGAACUAUCGGCACCUGAAGCCCCGCAACGGAUACGGUGCGCUCAACAGCGAUUUCGAUAACUUCUAUGUGCGCCGUCUCAAGCUGCGCAUCAACGAUUGCUUCGAGCGUCCCGUCACCGGCGUUCCCGGCCGGACCAUCACCCUCAUCGACCGUGCCACGGAUGAUCACAACCACCACUUCUACCUGACGGGUACUACCACGGAUACGCUGAACCUGAGCUCCUACAACUAUCUCGGAUUCGCUCAGUCCGAAGGACCCUGUGCAGAUAUUGCAGAGGAAUCAGUUCGGAAGUACGGCAUUGCUACUCCUAGCACUCGCGCGGAGGCCGGUACGCAAGACCUCCAUGUCGAAGUCGAGGAUUUGGUUGCCAAGUUCGUGGGCAAAGAAGCGUCGAUGGUGUUCUCCAUGGGAUUCGGCACCAACGCAACCAUUUUCCCCGCUCUCGUUUCCAAGGGCUGCCUCAUCAUCUCUGAUGAACUGAAUCACGCGUCCAUUCGUUUCGGUGCUCGUCUUUCCGGGGCCUCGAUUGCCAUGUUCAAGCACAAUGACAUGAGAGAUCUGGAGAUCAAGCUCCGUGAAGCCAUCUCUCAAGGACAGCCCCGCACUCACCGACCCUGGAAGAAGAUCUUGGUGGUCGUGGAAGGUCUUUACUCGAUGGAAGGAUCCAUGUGUAACCUUCCCGGCCUUGUCGCGCUGAAGCAACGGUACAAGUUCCACCUCUUCGUUGACGAGGCUCAUUCCAUCGGGGCCAUUGGUCCCAUGGGCCGGGGUGUAUGUGAUUACUUCAGUAUCGACACCGCGGAAGUGGACGUUUUGAUGGGUACGCUUACCAAGUCCUUCGGUGCCAAUGGUGGAUACAUCGCCGCAGACAAGGCCAUGGUCGAUAAACUCCGUGCCACCAACUCCGGUAUCUUCUACGGAGAGUCUCCUGCUCCCGCUGUUCUUUCUCAGAUUGCCUCCGCCCUUCGUAUUAUCAAGGGUGACCUCGUCCCUGGCCAAGGUGAGGAGCGGCUGCAACGAUUGGCGUUCAACUCCCGAUACCUCCGUCUCGGCCUGAAGCGUCUUGGCUUUAUAGUAUACGGCCACGACGACUCGCCGAUCAUUCCCGUUCUCCUCUUCAACCCAGCCAAGAUGCCCGCUUUUUCACAUGAGAUGCUCCGGCGUAAGAUCUCCGUGGUCGUCGUCGGGUAUCCCGCCACACCUCUGGUCUCUUCGCGUGCUCGUUUCUGCGUUUCAGCCGCUCACACCAAGGAAGAUCUUGACCGGGUUCUGUCUGCGUGCGACGAGAUUGGCAACGUUCUGCAACUGAAGUUCUCUACUGGUAUUGCGGGCGGCGCUCUGCCUGCCUCGGAAGAACCGGCUCCCCCGCCCGAGAUGGAGAAGGAGUGGCACCGCAAGCGCACUGCUAACCUCAUUCCUCCCCGGUGGCGCGUUGAGGAUGUGAUCCGACGCGGAGUCCAGGAUGUCAAGUCUCCUCUGUACUAG